CCGCGUUCCCCCCCCCCCCCCCCCUCUCUCUCUCUCUCUCUCUCUCUCUACAAAACGCUUUGCCAUAAUAUUCUUUUGGGACGAGAGUCGGGAAUCGAUCGAUGCUUAUGGUUUAGGCAGAAACAGCGAGAUCGAUUCUGUCUCCGUUCUCGUGUUGUUGGAUUUGUUGUUUGGAAGUUUGGAUUCGAUUUGAGAUGCCGAUUUGGGAAUUCUCCAUCUUGGAAGAAGACAAGGUUGCGGAAGGAGAGUGGGAAAAAGAAAGAUAACGCGAAGGAGAAGUGAAUUUAACUUGCAGAAGUGGACUGUGGCGUUGCGAAAUCUGAGUUGUUUUUCUCAGCUUCUGCUGGGUUUUGGCGAUGUCUGCUACAGUUAUGAGCGACGCAAUGAUGAUGUCCGCGACGGAAUCGCAAACUGUUUCGGCGAAACUGGCCUCGCAAAUCGAAGUCGAGUUCGCGAAAUGCGAUUGCUGCGGAUUGACGGAGGAGUGCACGCAGGCUUAUAUUGACCGGAUUCGGGACAGGUAUCAGGGGAAAUGGAUAUGCGGACUCUGUGCUGAGGCCGUGAAGGACGAAAUCGUGAGAUGCGAGAAGCUGAUCAGCACCGAAGAGGCUUUGAUCCGGCACAUCAACUUCUGCAAGAAGUUCAACUCGGCCGGCCCCCCUGCCAACCCGGCUAUUCAUCUGAUUUCAGCGAUGAGGCAGAUUCUGAGGCGAAGCCUGGAUUCUCCGAGAUCGUUGAGGUCGAUGCCUAGCAGUCCGACGAAGAAAGAUGACGGCAUCGAUAGUACGGUGCUUUCUCGAUCCGGAAGCUGUAUUCCAACUCUCUCUUUUGUUGAUUCAUCACAGUAUGAUAACAUGGACGAACACCAUGAAUGAGAAAAAAGAAGGAAGAAGAACAAAAAUCAAAAGCUUAAUGUCAGAAGCUAAAAAAAAAAACCUAGAAAGAUGGAUAAUCUAGCAGUUAUGAAGUGUAGUACAUAACAGUUAUUAUCAGAAAAUGGAAAUUGUUAUCAAUUUCUUCGAAUCAUUUUUCUGUUA